UUACCUUUUAACCGUAUAUUAUUGUCAACAUGUUGCAACCGUGAUUGAUUUAGUUUGUUUUAUUUCCACAUCGCGUUAACAUCGCUUACUAUGUUCGAACGGCAAAACGGUGAAAAAUGCGAAAUGAUGUUCCUACACAAACUUGCGAUUCUCGUCGUCGGCGCUCUGCUGAUAUACGACUUCUAUAACAGCUCCACGCCUGUAGAAAUCCGCAUUCAGAACCCGCAAUUCGCUUUACUAGGCCCGUAUAAUACUACAGAACCAAGCGCAAUAGUUGAUGAUGUUUACGAUCAACUUAUCGAUUUAAAAAACUUCUCUUUCAAAGUGAAUCCUCAACCCUGUCAGAACUACGCCGCUGGGCUGCUACUGGUCAUAAUAAUAUCUUCAAACCCGAGUAAUUAUGACAACAGGAUGGUUAUUCGAAAUACAUGGGGGCGUUCUGUGGAUUCAACUAAAGUUGUGUUUUUGAUGGGAGAGUCAGAGAAUGCGACUUUGUCUCAAAAGAUUCAGAAUGAAACAGCCAUAUAUGGAGAUAUUGUGCAAGGUAGCUUUAUGGAUGCUUACCGUAACAUGACUUACAAGCAUGUGAUGGGUUUGAAGUGGGUGUCGCAUCAUUGCCCAACGGCAAAGUACAUUUUGAAGACGGAUGAUGAUGUUGUGGUGAAUUCUCAUGCGUUGAGGCAGUUUCUGGCGCGGGAGCUGUCGCCGUGGGGAGCGAAGGGGCUGAUUACAUGUCAGGUGUUGGAGCAUGCUUCGGUGCAACGGUCACAUCGGUCUAAGUGGAGAGUUUCACCAGCCGAGUAUAAGCCACAUUACUAUCCAACAUACUGUGCAGGUUGGGCCAUCCUCUACUCCCAAGAUGUUGUUCCCCGACUGCUGAAAACAGCCCAAUCCACCCCCUACUUCUGGAUCGACGAUGUCCACGUCACUGGUGUGGUGGCCCAGCAGAUUGGUGUGGCCCGCACUCCGCUGGCCAGCCUCGUGCUGUCUCGGAACCGGGCCACGAUGCUGACAUCACUCGGAGCUGAUUAUGCUGGGAAGUUCUUGUUCGGACCACCGGAUAUUAGUGUUAGCAAGAUCUCCCAGAUAUGGAAAGCCAUUCCAGAAUAGAU